GAGUAGAAGGGAGGGGUGUGCUAACGUGGCUGGGGCGGAGGGGCAGAGCAGACCUGUGAGAUCUCUAGGCUGCGCUCACAUGCAGUUGCUUCUGAGCAGACGGAGAAUAGGUUUUCUCCCAGGAGAGACUCACGACACAUCGCCGUUCCUCUCCGCCAGACGUCCGCACUGUGCAAGGAGAUCCUUCACUUCAGUGACAUGUGAGGAAGAGGCUUGAUUGAGCACAACAGCAGCAGCCGCAGCAGCAGCAGCAGCAUCUUCCUGCCGUUCACCCUGGAGGUUUGAGAGUUGAUAUUUGUCUACAGAAAUACCUCACUCCAAAAACCUUGCAUCAGUACACAGAGAAAGGCCUGCCACAGGAUAGGACACUGAGGAUUUUUUUUUUCCCCAAAGUCGAUGAGUUGCUGUCUUCAGCUGCCACGUUCGCAGAUCCUACAGGUGGCACUCUGAGCAACUGUUGAGGUGUGUAUACCUAGAGCCUGUGGUGAUUGUUGCUGCUGCUCAUGCGAGUCUCAAAAAGGUGUGAAAGCAAAUCAGAAGAACACUCCUAACAUCACCAAUGAAGAUGACACCGAUGCAGAAGCUGCUCCAGCUGCCGGCCAAUGCUGUGAACAUUGUGAAGACAGUGCAGGGGGUAGCACAGGGCCAGGAGGAAGCACGCAGCCCUGUGCUCACCCCAGAUGGUGGGCUGCAGAACUGGUACAGUGCUGUGCAGCCAGAGGAGCUACGCCACCUCCGUACCUCCAGCACAGCCGGAGGAGGAGGAGGAGGAGGAGAUGCAGGAGAGGGGGGAGGCACUCAAGAGGAAGGGCUCCCUAGUGCUCAGACGCAACCCCUGCGGCAUGAUGACUUGAAGGAGAUGUUGGACAGCAACAAGGACUCUCUAAAGCUGGAGGCUAUGAAAAGGAUCGUUGCAAUGAUUGCCAGAGGGAAAAAUGCAUCUGAUCUCUUUCCUGCUGUGGUGAAAAAUGUGGCCUGCAAGAACAUCGAGGUCAAGAAGCUGGUGUAUGUGUAUCUAGUGCGCUAUGCUGAGGAACAGCAGGAUUUGGCUCUUCUCUCCAUCUCCACUUUCCAGCGAGGACUCAAGGAUCCUAAUCAACUCAUCCGUGCAAGUGCUUUGCGUGUUCUGUCUAGUAUACGAGUCACAAUCAUCGUGCCCAUUAUGAUGCUGGCCAUUAAGGAGGCUGCUUCUGAUAUGUCUCCAUACGUCCGCAAGACCGCCGCUCACGCCAUCCCUAAGCUCUACAGCCUGGACCCUGAGCAGAAAGACCAGCUAAUUGAAGUCAUUGAAAAGCUACUUGCUGAUAAAACCACUCUGGUGGCAGGCAGUGUGGUGAUGGCGUUUGAGGAGGUUUGUCCAGAGCGGAUCGAUCUGAUCCAUAAGAAUUACCGUAAACUCUGCAACCUGCUGAUUGACGUGGAGGAAUGGGGCCAGGUAGUUAUCAUCAACAUGCUCACCCGCUAUGCCAGGACUCAGUUCCUCAACCCCAACAUUAAUGAGUCCCUGCUGGAGGAGGGUGGAGAGAAGGCUUUUUAUGGUUCUACCGAUGAUGAGGAUGAUGAAGAGAAGAAGGCUGAGGCAGCCGCCCUUGCCAAAAGGAAGCCGUAUGUUAUGGACCCUGAUCACAGACUGUUGCUCCGAAACACCAAACCUCUUCUACAGAGCCGCAACGCAGCUGUGGUAAUGGCAGUCGCUCAACUCUAUUUUCAUCUAGCUCCAAAAGCAGAGGUGGGCGUCAUUGCCAAAGCACUGGUGAGGCUGAUGAGGAGCCACAGUGAAGUCCAGUAUGUUGUUCUUCAAAAUGUUGCAACUAUGACCAUCAAAAGGAGGGGGAUGUUCGAGCCGUACCUGAAGAGCUUCUAUAUCCGAUCUACUGACCCCACGCAGAUCAAAAUACUUAAGCUUGAAGUGUUAACCAAUCUGGCAAAUGAAACCAACAUAUCGACCAUUUUGAGAGAAUUCCAGACCUACAUCAAAAGUAUGGAUAAGGACUUUGUGGCAGCCACCAUCCAGGCCAUUGGCCGCUGUGCCACCAACAUCGGGGAGGUGAGAGACACCUGCCUUAAUGGUCUUGUCCAACUCCUCUCAAACAGAGAUGAACUGGUAGUAGCAGAGUCAGUGGUGGUGAUUAAGAAGCUUCUGCAGAUGCAGCCUGAGCAGCAUAGCGACAUCAUCAAACAUAUGGCCAAGCUCACAGACAACAUACAGGUCCCAAUGGCAAGAGCGAGUAUCCUGUGGCUGAUUGGUGAAUACUGUGAGCAUGUUCCUAAAAUCGCCCCUGAUGUCCUAAGGAAGAUGGCCAAAAGUUUCACCAACGAGGAGGACAUUGUCAAGUUGCAAAUCAUCAAUCUGGCUGCCAAACUCUACCUGACCAACUCCAAACAGACCAAGCUCCUUACACAGUAUGUGCUCAACUUGGCAAAGUAUGACCAGAACUAUGACAUCAGAGACCGCGCACGAUUCAUCCGUCAGCUCAUCGUCCCCACGGAUAAGAGUGGAGCCUUGAGUAAAUACGCCAAGAAGCUUUUUCUUGCCCUUAAACCUGCACCUGUACUGGAGUCUCCAUUUAAAGACAGAGACCAUUUCCAGCUCGGCUCGUUGUCUCACCUGCUGAAUACCAAAGCAGGCGGCUACCAGGAGCUGCCCGACUGGCCCGAAUCAGCACCUGACCCCUCCGUGCGCAACGUGGAGCAAGAGGAAGUUAUAGACACCAGUGAAGGGCGGAUCGGUCUCCUUGGAGACUGGCGAGAGGUUCCAGAGUGGACUAAAUGCACCAGCAGGAAGGAGCGCAAGGAGAAGAAGGUGGAGAAGCCUUUCUACUCUGACUCAGAGGGAGAAUCUGGACCAACCGAGUCUGCUGACAGUGAGACCAACACCAGCAGCGGGUCCGAGAGCGGCAGCGAAGAGAGCGGCUCAGGCUCAGAGAGUGAAGAAAGCAACGAGGAGUCUGAGUCUGAUGAGGAGGAGAAGGACAGAGAGGAAGAGAAGACUAAGAAGAAGAAGAAAGUAGACAUGAGCAAAUUAAAGAAACCAGAGAGUGCAGAGAGUGAUCAAAGCAGUGGAGAGGAGCACAAGAGAAGCAGGAAAGCAGGGAAGGAGCAGAAGAGACUGUCUGAGUCAGAGAGUGAGGAAGACAGCGAGUCUGAAAGCAGUGAAUCAGAGUCGGAGUCAGAGGAUGAGUCAGACUCAGACAUGGACACCAGAAAGAAGAAGACGCCUGCCUCAAAACCACCACCUGCAAAGCAGAGCAAAAAGGAGAGCAAGAAAGAGUCCAAAGAAAUGUCUCUGCUAGAUCUGGAUGACUUUGACCCCACCCCCUCACCUCAGGUGACUCCAGUCAACAACUUCCUGUCCAGCAGCCUGGUGGCAGAUCUAGAAGGGUUGUCACUGACCGACACUGUACUCGCCCCCACUACCAUCGCCCCAUCAGGCUCAAUGAGGAUGUAUGAGUUAUUGCACCGUAUCACAGGAGAGGGUCUGGCAGUCGAAUACUGUUUCAGCCGGCAGCCCUUCAGCCCUGAUCCUAACAUGGUGGCUGUGCAGAUCCAGUUCACGAACAACACCAGUUCAGAGACCAAGAACCUACACGUUGAAGAGCCCAAACUGCAGUCUGGUAUGAGGAUCAAGGAGUUCACCGAAAUCGAAGUUUUACCUGCAGGCGAAUCUAUAACUGUUGUAAUGGGCAUUGACUUCUGUGACUCCACACAAGCAGCAAACUUCCAGCUGUGUACUCACACUCGGAAGUUCUUUGUGUCCAUCCAGCCACCAGUCGGAGAACUGAUGAUGCCUGCUUUUCUGACAGAGAAUGAGUUUAAGAAAGAGCAAGGUCAGCUGAUGGGAAUGAAUGAAAUCUCAGAGAAGCUGAGCCUGGGAGAGAAGUGUCAGAUUGACCACAUCAUUAUAGAGAGAGUCACUGCUACAGCUAACCUCAGCAGAGUACCGUGUGGCUCGGAGAAAGAGUGCAGUCCUCCUCUUCCUCUUCCUCCAUCACCUGUGUCCAGGUUUGCUGGGAAGACGGUGAGCAGCGGCAGUCUUGUGCUCGUCACCGUGGCGAGGAAGGAGGCUGGAGAAGCCCAGCUCACUGUGAACUGUGAGAAGAUGGUGAUUGGUACGAUGCUCGUGAAGGAUAUUCUUCAUGCCCUGACGCAGUGACGACUGAGUGCGAAAACCUGUAGCUGUGUGUAGCUUUGACUCUUUGUGCUGAUUGUUUGACCAACGUCUGUCAUGUACUACACAAUAUUGCACCUAGUAUACAAAGCUUAUUGCUUAUUACUGUCCCUGAAGAGCUGAAAUCGUAGUAUGAUCCACAUUAAGACCUGUGAAUGCUCUGUAUACGAUGUGCUCUCAUCUGCCUUUACUGAUUUUCUCCUUUAGAUUUGCAGAAACGUUGCAUGACGUGACGUAACAUUCCCGAAUAACCAUUUGUUUAUUUAAAGUGCGUGUUUACUUUUAAUUUCUUUACACAAAUGGGCAGCACAGAAAAUCUAUCUUUACUGAAUUACUGUAUAAAUCCCAGGUACAGGAUGUGACUAGGAUAUCCUGCUGAAGAGAACACACGACCCGUACAUGGCCCUGUUUACACACAGACCGUCUGAAAUGGAGCUCUGACGAUUGUUAAAGUUGCUACCGAUGGCACAUUUAUUAAGGCUACUUCUCCGGGUCACUUUCAAUGAAUAUUGACAAUCGGAUUUCAACACUGCAAAUAGAUGUGUUUCAGAAACGCCUUCAAAAACCUUUUCAAACACUCCAUACUUUUGGUUCAUAAAUAUUUUAAAAAGCUGAGUGGAUAGAAUAAUUGACAAAACAGACUGCUGCAACAUUCAAUCAUUAAUCUCCAGUAAGUGCUUUAUCCUUGUACACACACACACACACACACACACAAUCAUUCCCACCUAGGACCAGGCCACAUACAAAGAACCCUGAGCUGUUGCUGCAUAUUUGCACCAAACAGGGUAUUUAAUUAAAAAAAAAUCAUAUAGUAAUUUUCUUAUUAGUGAGUAGUGAGUGCUGCCUCCAACAUCCAAAAAAAUAAAUCCACUAAAUCCUGCUAAUAUCAUUAACAGUUUCAGACUAGAGUAAUAGCAAACUGAAAAUCCAUGUGAAAUCAAUGGAACAUAGAACAUUCUCCAAGAUCCUGUGUGGUAUUAAUGUCAAUCAUGUAGCUUAUUGAGCUAAUUAUCCUUUCUAAGAACAGCAUUGCUUGUACUGUGUUGACGAGCUUACUGUCGCUCUUAAGACUAUGAUCAUUCAGUGCUUUGGAGUUUUUAAUGACUAAAUUUAAGUGGAUAUGUUGGAGACAUGUGAAUCCAUUAGUAGUAAUAAACUGUAGCUAUAGCCUGUAGUCUAGGUUAUUUGGUUGUUCAGAGCCUUUUUAGUUGCCUGAAACAAGUCUAUUUAAAGUCAAAGUGUGUUAUAAUAAAUCAAACCAAACUGUUGGUGUUUAAUGAGUAAAAAAGUAUAACAUUCUGAGUCUUUUUAAAAUAUUCUUCCCUUCCCUGUGAGAACCUCACAAAGAGGUACAAUAAAAAAAAAAGUAUUGCUAUUAUCCAUCCAUCUCCAGCACAGUCACCGGGUGUCUGUAGUAUCACAGAAGAGCAUUUUGUCUUGUGGAUCUGACCACUGAUAAUCCACAUGAUCGAUGAUUGGAAUGUGAUGAUCAUUCAUUUUUUCAUUUGGGAACAUGGCUCCAAUUCAAAUUCCUUUUUUUUUUUUGCACGAUUAUUAGACAACCCAAUAUUCAGCCUUCCUGUCCCUGCAGUGUGAAUGUGAAAUGGUUUCCUUAUUUUAUUUAUUUGUUUGUUUUUUAAUGUCAAUAAAAAUGAAAUAUGCAGUCAGA